AUGGCCAUGAAAUCAAAAUAUUCAGGCCCUAUUACCGUCGAUUCGGAGGAUGAUGACUAUACUAUAAGUAGUUCAUCCAGCACCACUGGAUACCAUCAAAUUUAUACCUUAGUACUACAAGGCGAGCUCUACGAUGCACCCCUCACUGGAAACGUAAAAAGCAUCCUCGAUGUUGGCACCGGCACCGGGAUCUGGGCUAUUGAAAUGUCAAACAAGUUUCCCUGUGCAAGGAUUGUAGGGAAUGAUUUAUCGCCUACACAACCAUCAUGGGUCCCAUUAAAUGUUGAAUUUGAGGUGGAUGAUAUCACGCAAGACUGGACUCAUCCUCCUUGCAGCUUUGACUUUAUACACGCCCGCGCCCUCGCCGGCUCUAUUCCCUGCUGGCCCAUAUUCCUCUCCCGCGCCUAUCGCACACUCUCGCCCGGCGGUUGGUUCGAGUCCGUCGAAACCACACUAGAACAGCUCAGUGACGACAACUCUGUGCCACCCGAAUCUGCCGUGACAGAGUGGUACCGGCUACUCUCCGAGUCUGGGGGAAAUGUUGGCAAAGCAUUCGAUACAACGAAUAUGAGCACUUGGAUGGAGGAGCAGGGGUUCGUGAACGUUAGACAGAGGGUUUUCAAAAUCCCUACAGCACCGUGGCCGGCUCCUCCGGCGUUGAAGGAGAUUGGGAGACAGAAUUUGGCAAACUUGUUGGAGGGUAUGGAGGGAUUUUCGUUGGCACUAUUCACGAGGGUUUUGGAGUGGGAUACUGCGGAUAUUGAUGCGUUGCUGGCAAGAGUGAGGUCGGAGCUUUUGGAUAGGAAGGUGCAUUCAUAUUAUCGGAUGUUUGUGGUUAUUGGCCAGAAGCCAGAAAACGCAGCUGCGUCAGAGAAGACAGCUGGAAAUUCUGUUAAAUUCUCAAAUGAGCCUGGCCCGAGCUCGUAA